AUGUCGGUCAUCACUCUGCAGCUGGGCCAAUGCGGCAACCAGAUAGGUCGACAGCUCUUCACUACUCUACACGAAGACGCUCUGAGUGCGCCCGCCGUACGGAAGUCGACCUCCCCCGACGCGUACUGCGAAGUCUCUCUUUCGCGCUUCUUCGACGCCCGCCGCGGGAAAACCGCGCGAAGUUCGAACUCUCAUGAUCUACUGCGAGCCCGCGCAGUUCUGGUGGACAUGGAGUCAAAGGCCGUUCAUCAGACCCUCGCCGAGGCCGACAAAACCGGACGCUGGUCGUACGACGCCACCUGCGUGCACGCGCAAAAGCGCGGCUCGGGAAACAACUGGGCAAGCGGCUACCACAGCCGCGGGCCCUCGGCCGCUGAGCCAAUCAUGGAGAUGGUUCAGUCUCAGGCGGAGAAAUGCGACCAACUGAGCGGGUUCCUAGUCUUGAUGAGCGUGGCGGGAGGAACGGGUUCUGGUGUCGGGUCAUACCUCACCGAAUGCCUACGAGAUCAGUUCCCAAGCAAUGCUGUAAUGAACGCCAUCGUGUGGCCGUACGCCUCUGGCGAAGUAAUAGUCCAAGACUAUAACGCGGUCCUGACGACCAAGCACUUACAAGAAGCGUCAGACUGUGUGAUUAUUCUGCAAAACGACUCAACUCCAAAAGGCCGCAUCGAAGCUUUUGCUUCUCAAAGACAUAUCCUUCUCCGACCUCAACAGAAUCAUCAGCCAUUCCCUCGCCGGUUUACUUCAGCCUUCGUUUGA